UUGAGAUAGAGUAAAGAACUACUGCAAACGUGCACUAAAUAAUGGCAGAAGGCGAAGAACCUGCACUUUUCACUAAAGUAACGGUUUAUUCUCUACUCGCGUGUGUGGCUCAGUUUGCUGUCGGGUUUGUUUUUGCGCAAAAAUGGGGGAAUAAAUGUUCAGCUGUUGAUCGAUGGGUCCUCGUGUGGUUGUUUUACGACGCAAUUGUUCAUUUUACUCUGGAGGGACCCUUCGUCUACAUGUCACUUGUUGGAAAUGUGGCAGCUUCUGACGGUCUAUUGGCAGAGCUAUGGAAAGAAUAUGGCAAGGCAGAUGAGCGCUGGUUGUACUCAGACCCGACAAUAGUAUCUCUGGAGCUUCUGACAGUGGUUUUAGAUGGUUCUUUGGCUCUGCUUCUAGUCUACGCCAUUAUCAAAGACAAGCACUACAGGCACUUUGUUCAGAUCACACUGUGUGUGUGUGAGUUGUAGGGGGACUGGAUGACCUUCUGUCCAGACUGGCUAAUCGGAAGCCCUAACCUGAACACCAGCAACUGGCUGUACCUGUGGGUCUACCUGGUGUUCUUCAAUGGAAUCUGGGUGGUGGUGCCUGGACUCCUCCUCUGGCAGUCAUGGAGGGAUUUAAGAAGAAUUCAUCAGUAUCCAAAGAAAAAUAACAGAUAAAA